GCCUGCUGGACGGACGCAGCUACCGGCUGACGGCGCUGCGUCACUUCCGACAGAGGACGAGAGAGGAGCCAGUAGUCUCAGUGUGUCGCUGUAGUAACAGAGACACAGCAGCAGGUCACCGAGACACCGAGACACCGAGCCGGACCGAGGAUCCACCAGCAGCACCGGAGAGAAGACGGGACCGGCAGCAGGACCCGAUCACCUGGAGACUAACUUGGAAAUAAAACCCGGAGCGGAUAUUCUGGAGUACCAGGACAACAAACAGGAGCUCAGAUAUAACUUUUUAUAUUUUAUUUUUCUUCGUGGAGCGGGAAUAGCUUUUCUUUCUGCACCACAGAGGACCGAGGGUGUUUUAUGUUAAGUUCUGGUUCCUUGUGGAUCUGUUGGCGCUGAGGCGGACACCAGAGACACCAGAGACGCGGCGCGGCGCGGCUCGGCUCGGCUCGGCUCUCAGCCACCUGACCUCCUGGAAAACAAGCCUGCAGCUAAUGACACGCAGGUCCUGACGUGGCUCAUUAUAAGCUCUGUGACGGAGCGGGACCAGGGACUACAGGGACUACAGGGACCAGGUCUCCAGGUUCUCCGCGACGCUGUUGCAUGUCCAGUUUUUGACGCACACGUGAAGUUCUUAGAAUCCAAUUAACUGAUAUCUAAAUGAUGGUUAAGUGCUAAUUAAUUCGUGUCCGCUGUGAAAUUGAAUUAGUUGGACUUUAAUUGCGCGGUGGAGAGGUGAAGCUGCCCCCCUUCUAGUCGCUCUAUCCGGAUCAUAAGCGGAUCAUCCGGCAGCAUGGAGACACGCGGAGCUCCGGUCCUCCUCCAGCGGUCGUGAUGCGCAGCGCCGGUCCGAUCCCGCGCCUCCUGCAGCCCGUGAUGCGCGCUCUCUAACCCGCAACCAGUGUGGCGCCGCGUCCCGGUCCCGGUCCCGGUCCCCCCGCCGGCAGGAUGAGCAGCACCGACCUGGAGCGCAUGUCCCUCAGCUCCUCCGCCAACUCGGUGGCCUCCAGCGCGCGGACUCUCUCCGCCAACGUGCGGAAGCUGCACAACGCGCUCAACCUGCUGCUCAACGACUUCGAGCGCGAGCAGUUCAUCCACUGCCUCAACGUCUACCACUCCAAACGCAACGUGUACGACCUGGUCCAGACCCUCAACGUGAUCCUCAACGCGCCCAGCAAGCGGCAGCUUCUCCCCAUGCUGCGGCUCGUCAUCCCGCGCUCCGACCAGCUGCUCUUCGAGCAGUACACCUCCGAGGGCCUCUACUUAAAGUCGGAUAUAGUUGCAGCCAACGGCACCGCGGAGCCCCCGCAGGGAGACUUCGGCCCCGGAGCCAGCCCGACCCCGACCCCCCCCGGGCAUUUCUCCCCCAGCAACCCCGCCAACAACCCGGAGUUCCAGGUGGCGCUGCGCGGCUCCCCGGACAGCUUCAGCACCAGCAGCGACGGGACGGCCGCCCCCCUGGUGCCGCUGCUGGGCAGCAACUUUGUGCACGAGCCGCCGGGGGAGAUCCGGCAGGUCACCAUGAAGCGGCACAAGAGCAACGAGGGUCUGGGGUUCAGCAUCCGGGGGGGCUCGGAGCACGGGGUCGGCAUCUACGUGUCCCUGGUGGAGCCCGGGAGCCUGGCGGAGAAACAGGGGCUCCGGAUCGGGGACCAGAUCAUGAAAGUCAACGACAAAGUCUUCGAGAAAGUCACACAUGCUGAUGCAGUGAAGGUGCUGAAGGGCAGUAAAAAGCUCUCCCUGUCGGUGCGCUCUGUGGGGAGGAUCCCCGGCGGCUACGUCACCAACCACGUGUAUACGUGGGUGGACCCUCAGGGCCGCAGCGUGUCUCCGCCCCCCGACCUGACGGAGCACCGCAGCGCCACGCUGAGGAGGAGCGACAGCCAGAGACGCAGCAACAUGCAGCUGCUGCAGGACGGAGACGAGAAGAAGGUCAACCUGGUGUUGGAUGACGGCCGUUCUCUGGGCCUGAUGAUCCGAGGCGGAGCAGAGUACGCUCUGGGGAUUUACAUCACCGGGGUGGACCAGGGCUCAGCAGCCGAGUGUGGAGGACUCAAGGUCGGAGACCAGAUCCUGGAGGUGAACGGUCGCAGCUUCCUGAGCAUCCCGCACGACGAGGCCGUCCGCGUGCUGAAGUCGUCACGCCACCUGAUGAUGACGGUGAAAGACGUCGGCCGCCUGCCGCACGCCAGGACGGUGGUGGGCGAGACCAAGUGGAUCGCCAGCUCGCAGAUCGGAGAGAGCUCCGCCAACAGCAGCGUGGCCGGCUUCUCGAUGGACAAAGGAGCCUCUGCAGCAGGAAAGCCGGGCUUCUAUAAAGGCGUGGCGGGCUCCCAGGUGACCCUGUCCAGCCUGGUGAACCAGUCCCGCGCCAUGCUGGAGGAGCAGGCGCGCCACCUGCUGACGGAGGCGGAGCGGCAGACCAUGGGCUACUACCUGGAGGAGUACCGGGACGGACACAUCGGGGUGGAGCAGCUGGUGGUGGCGCUGUUCGAGCUGCUCAACACGCACGCAAAGUUCUCCCUGCUGUCGGAGGUGCGAGGCCUGGUUACUCCUCAGGACCUGGAGCACUUUGACGGUCUGGUGCUGAGACGUGAGAUUCAGGCUCUGAAGGCGAGACAGGGGCCCUCGGGGGCCCCGGCCCUCCAGCAGGACUCCCUGUCCAUGGUGUCGUACCCCGACACGCUGACCUCGUCCUCAGCCAGCUUCAUGACCAACACCACCCUCAGCUCUGCUCGGGAGCGGCUGCUGUGGCUGAUAGAUAUGAUGGAGAACGACAGCGUGGUGGAGAGUAAUGAGGGAGAUCCUCCGGAGAGUCUGAACACGCUGCUGACCGACAUCUCUCUGGACGAUGUUCAGUCCACCCCAGCCGAGUCCCCCCCCUCCUUCAAGCCCCCGCCCCCCCCGGGGGUGCAGCGGCGCCCGACUAGACGAGAUCAGCUCAACAAAUGUCCCUCGUCUGAGUCCUCCCACUCAGGCCUGUACUUCACGGCCCCGGCCCCUCACCACCACCGCCCCACAGAGCCCGGACCCCACCCCGGCCCCGGCCCUGGCCCUGGCCCCGGACCCCUCCCCGGGUCGCCCUCCCUGCACCACAGACGGGAGCACCCCAGGGACCCGUCCCGGGACUACGCGGUCAUCAGAAAGAGAGACCCCCCGGUACCGUCCAAGAAAGAACAAAUAGCAGCAGCUCAGUUGUCUCGAGUCACUCAGCACCACAUCGGGCCCUUCCCUCGGGUCCAGUCCCCCCGAGUCCAGUCCCCCAGCAGCAGGGGCCCCAAACCUGCUGCCCCGUCACCUUCACCUCCUCCUCCUCCUCCUCUCCCUGCUCCUCCUCCCCCGCCCCCCUCCCUCCCUCUUAAACCCCUGUCUAUGUCCAGAGCGGCCCCCCCCUCCUCUCCGGGCUCUAAGCAGCGAUUCGUCACCGUGGAGGUCCACCGGCCCAACGCCGAGCCCGACGUCAACGAGGUGCGCCCGCUGCCCCAAGCUCGAGGUGGCGCUCUGUCUCAGCUGUCAGACAGCGGUCAGACCCUCAGCGAGGACAGUGGCGUGGACAUCGCCGAGUCGGGACACGUCAGCAAGGACAGCAGCCCCCAUUCCUCACGCAGCCGCCACCCCCGAGACCCUCCGGGGCCCGGGGGGGACCACCCCUCCAAACCGCCGGGGCUGCUGGAGCCCACCUCCACUCUAGUCAGGGUGGCCAAGAGCGCCACCACGCUGGGCAUCGCCAUCGAGGGCGGAGCCAACACCCGCCAGCCGCUGCCACGCAUCGUCACAAUACAGAGGGGGGGUUCAGCCCAUAACUGUGGCCAGCUGAAGGUGGGUCAGGUGAUCCUGGAGGUGAACGGGGUCUCCAUGAGGGGCCGAGAGCACCGGGACGCCGCCCGCCUCAUCGCCGAGGCCUUCAAGACCAAAGAGAGGGACCACGUGGACUUCCUGGUGACCGACUUCAACGUGGCGCUAUAGCUGAUCGGAGGAGGAGGAGGAGGAGGAAGAGGAGCGAGGACGGAGAGAAGAAGAGUUGGAGAACGUUGGAGAAAUUCAAGCAUCUGUUGUUUUUAAAAGGCACAACUCUUUUAGAUAGACAUAAAGACCCAUCAGCUGAUCUCUGAGCCCGUCUACAGACCCGAACCCUCCAGUCUGGACACCUGAAACUCAACUUUACAAGGUUUGACUUCCGCUGUGGACUUCUUCGUUCAGGAUUCUCCUCAACGUCUUACCUCCCCACUGUGACACCUUAUGCACUAAAAAUAUGGAAAGUAGUGAAACCUUUUCUUUCUUCUCUCCGUGUUGAAACUUGUGGAUUUACAACCGUUGAAACCCACCGGAACGUCUCGUAGCACUCCCAAGUCCCGUUUAAGGUCCGUUUAUUUUAUUUAUUUAUUCAUUUAUUUAUUUACUUAUGACAUCUACCUGAGAGACACCUGCACAUCUAAGACUGAUCCGACUUUACGAGCUUGGAUUUGUAAAUGUAAAAAUGAACAAAUGUAGAUACAGAUGCAUAUAUAUAUACUGUAAUACACAUAAAGAUACUCCUAUAUGAAUUAUAAAAA